UUCGUAAACUACGCGUUAUUUUGCCUUUCUCCGAGGAUUUGCCCGUUGGAUUUACCGAACUAGCAAUAAAGCUCAACUAGCCACCAGAAUCCAAUCCAAUCCGCCUACAUCGCGAUCUUCUCGUCCGAUCUGCACCCUUCCACAACAAGGUACAAGGUGACAGCCGUGCCAGCCCGUACUGUCGGAAUUCCGAACGCUCUCCAGUUCAGCUGCCCGCCGUGACCGUCGGAUCUGACAGACACCAAGCAACCAAGCGGGCGGGUGGGCCAUGUCGGACGAGCUGUCCGCCUCGCCGCUCUACUACUGCCAGUUAUGCGGGAGCGUGCGGGACUUGCGGCGUUGCGCCCGAUGUCACCGUGCCUUCUACUGUUCCAAGGAACACCAGCGUCAACACUGGGCCGCUCACAAGCACGUGUGCAAGGCGGAGCAACUGCCUCCGCCACCACCACCCGUGCCACCCCCAGCGGUGGCACCACCACCCGCCAACGACGUGACGAUGGGCUCGGACGACAUCGCAGGGAUGGCAUCCUACGACCCCAAUGACCCCGUGAAUCAAGCCUGGUGGAAGGACACCCUGUCCUCGCUGGGUCUCGACCAGCCCAUCUGCUCGGGCGGAGCUGACGCAGCCGGCGAAGACGUCACGAGCAGGCAGCCCACGGCCAACUGGAUCCAGCAGAUGUGCCGCAACGUGGUGCACGACCUUAAUCAGUACGGCAUCUGCGUCAUCGACAACUUCCUCGGCUCGGAGCGGGGCUCGGCCGUGCUGGACGAGGUCAAGUUGCUCUAUGGCAGUGGUGUGUUCCGCGACGGACAGCUCGUGAGCCAGAGGGAGGGGUCGCAGCGGAUCAUCCGCGGCGACCGCAUCGUCUGGGUGGACGGCACGGAGCCCCGCUGCCCCUACAUCGGGUUCCUCGUGCGGACCCUGGACUCUAUCAUCACCCGCUGUUGCCGGAUGCAGGGUGCCGGACUGCUGGCGCAAUACCAGAUCAACCAGAGGACAAAGGCCAUGAUUGCCUGCUAUCCCGGGAAUGGCACUCACUACGUGAAGCAUGUGGAUAACCCCAACCAGGACGGGCGCUGCAUCACAAGCAUUUACUAUCUCAACAAAGGUUGGGACGUCAAGGUGCAGGGUGGACUUCUGCGCAUGUUCCCGUCGGGACAGGAGAGCCAAGUGGCGUGCAUCGAGCCCCUCUUCGACCGCAUGCUUUUCUUCUGGUCAGACCGCAGGAACCCUCACGAGGUGCUGCCUUCCUUUGCCGUACGGUUUGCCAUCACGGUGUGGUACUUCGACUCUGAGGAACGGAAGAAUGCAGUCUCCCAGUAUCAGAGAGAACGAAAAGCGGCAAGCCACAACUACCAGCAGCAGACGGACACAUUGCACCCUUUCAUCUUUGGGAACUUUCAGCAGUGACGCGCCGCAAAGCGACUGUGUCGUGUGCCUCCGAGAGGACGACGCUCUGCGAUGUUGUCUUCAUUGCGAGGCCAUCCUGGUUCUUCAAGAACGUGUGCCGCUUGUCGUCAAAAGCGCCACGCACGGCGUUGCAUGCAACGGCAGACAACCAGUGCCAAAGAUGUCUCAAACCUUUGCCAACAAAGUGGCAGACAGGAAUUGCUCCUGGAACUUGUACGCAAUGUGCUGCCCUCAUCUUUUUUGUGCCGUAGGAAAACAAGGGACUCGAAAAUCCAGCUCUGCAAAUCGUGUCAAAUAAUUCUUUUGUACCCUCGAUGACCCAAGCCAGUGCGGCAGACCUGUUUGGUUCCUUUAGUUUCACCUCAAGAGUGAGAGUAUCGAAGAGGUGUAAUGUCUGUGUUAUACCCCUUUUGAACUCCUCUGUGGGUGCAAAUGUGGAAAGGGAGUAUAAGCUCAUUUUUCACCCCUUUUUUACUAUAAUUUUUUCCCGUUGUGUGACAACACUUUUGUGGCGUCACAUAUGUAUAGGUCAAGUUUGGAGUACUUAACAGUGUUUUUAUUUCGGUCAUGAACGAAGCAGCAACCUGUAGAUAUUAUGUAGCAGUAAAGCCCAGCAGGAUAUUACAAUGCAUUUAAUUUUAAAGUAGUUUCGAAUCAGUGUUUUUCCUAAGUGUACUGACAUGAGAGAUCAAAUGACACCACUAAAGUGGACAUCUGCAAAGAGAAGUUUUGUUUUUUUUUCUUUCUGGCUAAAGCAGCUCUGCUACAAGUCAUUUUAAAACUCGUUUGCCUUACUUAUGCACCACAACUCUUCACCGACUUGCAAGUUAUUGCCACUCGCUGUGCAGAGGCCGUAUUAUGAAGCUGCCUCCGGUUUGAUAGUCUGCAGGUCACAGUUGAAGUAUCUCUGAAGACUUAGUUUUGUCAGUGAUACAAAUUUUCAAACUUUCAGUCGGUAAUAUUAGCUGGAUAAAAAGGUUGUAAAUAAAGCAUAUUCUUUUAUGGCCUGGAGUCUCCAAAAGCUU